AUGUCCGUAAAAGCUGAAGAAACAGAUAAUCAAUUUGAUGAUUAUGAUGAUAAUCAAUAUAAUUUUGAAGAUGAAAAUUCACCAAUUACAGCUGAAGAUUCGUGGGCAGUUAUAUCAGCUUUCUUCCGUGAAAAAGGUUUAGUAUCACAACAAUUGGAUUCCUUCAAUCAAUUUGUCGAUUAUACUUUACAAGAUAUCAUCUCAGAAGAUUCAACUUUAAUCCUAGAACAAUUAGCUCAACAUACAACUGAGUCAGAUAAUAUUAGUAGAAAAUAUGAAAUUAGUUUUGGUAAGAUAUAUGUUACAAAGCCUAUGGUAAAUGAAUCAGAUGGUGUUACUCAUGCCUUAUAUCCACAAGAAGCUAGAUUACGUAACUUGACCUAUUCUUCAGGUUUAUUUGUCGAUGUUAAGAAAAGAACUCAUGAAGCUAUUGAUAUGCCAGGUAGAGAAUUGAAAUAUUCUUUAAUUGCAGAAGAAUCAGAAGAAGAUUUUGAUGCUGGAAAAGUUUUUAUCGGUAGAUUGCCAAUCAUGUUAAGAUCUAAGAAUUGUUACCUAAGUGAUGCAACUGAAUCAGAUUUAUAUAAAUUAAAAGAAUGUCCCUUUGAUAUGGGUGGUUAUUUCAUUAUUAACGGUUCCGAAAAAGUUUUGAUUGCUCAAGAACGUUCAGCAGGUAAUAUUGUUCAAGUCUUUAAAAAAGCUGCUCCAUCUCCAAUUUCCCAUAUUGCUGAAAUUAGAUCUGCUUUAGAAAAGGGUUCAAGAUUUAUUUCCACUUUACAAGUUAAAUUAUAUGGUCGUGAAGGUUCUUCAUCAAGAACAAUUAAAGCUACAUUACCCUAUAUCAAACAGGAUAUCCCUAUUGUUAUUAUUUUUAGAGCUUUAGGUAUCAUUCCAGAUGGUGAAAUUUUAGAACACAUUUGUUAUGAUGUUAAUGAUUGGCAAAUGUUAGAAAUGUUAAAACCUUGUGUUGAAGAUGGUUUCGUUAUUCAAGAUCGUGAAACAGCUUUGGAUUUCAUUGGUCGUCGUGGUACUGCCUUGGGUAUUAAAAAAGAAAAGAGAAUUCAAUAUGCCAGGGAUAUUUUACAAAAGGAAUUUUUACCACAUAUUACUCAAUUAGAAGGUUUUGAAUCAAGGAAAGCUUUCUUCUUGGGUUAUAUGAUUAAUAGAUUACUAUUAUGUGCCCUGGAUCGUAAAGACCAAGAUGAUCGUGAUCAUUUUGGUAAAAAAAGAUUGGAUUUGGCUGGUCCACUAUUGGCUCAAUUAUUUAAAACUUUAUUCAGAAAAUUGACAAGAGACAUUUUCCGUUAUAUGCAAAGAACUGUGGAAGAAGCUAAAGAUUUCAAUAUGAAAUUAGCUAUUAAUGCAAAGACAAUUACAUCAGGUUUGAAAUACGCUUUAGCUACUGGUAAUUGGGGUGAACAAAAGAAAGCCAUGUCGUCGAGAGCUGGUGUUUCUCAAGUUUUAAAUAGAUAUACUUAUUCAUCUACUCUAUCACAUUUAAGAAGAACUAAUACGCCGAUUGGUAGAGAUGGUAAAUUAGCAAAACCACGUCAAUUACAUAAUACUCAUUGGGGUUUAGUUUGUCCCGCUGAAACACCAGAAGGUCAAGCUUGUGGUCUAGUAAAGAAUUUAUCAUUAAUGUCGUGUAUUUCUGUUGGUACUGAUCCAAUGCCUAUUAUUACUUUCUUAAGUGAAUGGGGUAUGGAACCCUUAGAAGAUUAUGUUCCUCAUCAAUCCCCUGAUGCUACAAGAGUGUUUGUUAAUGGUGUUUGGCAUGGUGUUCAUAGAAAUCCAGCUAGAUUAAUGGAAACUUUAAGAACAUUAAGAAGAAAAGGUGAUAUUAACCCAGAAGUUUCAAUGAUUAGAGAUAUCCGUGAAAAGGAAUUGAAAAUUUUUACAGACGCUGGUAGAGUUUAUAGACCAUUAUUUAUUGUUGAUGACGAUUCUGAAUUAGGUCACAAAGAACUAAAAGUAAGAAAGGGGCAUAUCGCUAAAUUACUGGCUACAGAAUAUCAAGAUAUUGAAGGUGGUUAUGAAGAUGAAGAAGAUUACACAUGGACUUCUCUAUUAAAUGAAGGUUUGGUUGAAUAUAUAGAUGCAGAAGAAGAAGAAACAAUUCUAAUAUCAAUGGCUCCAGAAGACUUAGAACCUAUUUCUCCAGAAGAAAUUGAUGAAGCUAAUAAUUCAGAGGAGUCUGCAGGGCAUGUUGAUGUAGCUAAGCGUAUUAAGGCUUUACAUCACGCCGCUACAUUCACACAUUGUGAAAUUCAUCCUUCUAUGAUUUUAGGUGUUGCCGCUUCUAUUAUUCCAUUCCCUGAUCAUAAUCAAUCGCCUCGUAAUACAUAUCAAUCCGCUAUGGGUAAACAAGCUAUGGGUGUUUUCUUGACAAAUUAUAACGUUCGUAUGGAUACAAUGGCUAAUAUUUUGUAUUAUCCACAAAAGCCUCUAGGUACUACUAGAUCUAUGGAAUAUUUGAAAUUUAGAGAAUUGCCAGCAGGUCAAAAUGCCAUUGUCGCUAUUGCCUGUUAUUCUGGUUAUAAUCAAGAAGAUUCUAUGAUUAUGAAUCAAUCCUCAAUUGAUCGUGGUCUUUUCAGAUCGUUGUUCUUCAGAUCUUAUAUGGAUCAAGAAAAGAAAUACGGUAUGUCUAUUACUGAAACCUUCGAAAAACCACAGCGUACAAAUACAUUAAAGAUGAAGCAUGGAUCCUAUGACAAGUUAGAUGAUGAUGGUUUGAUUUCUCCAGGUGUUAGAGUAUCUGGUGAAGAUAUCAUUAUUGGUAAAACUACCCCUAUUUCACCUGAUGAAGAAGAAUUAGGUCAAAGAACCGCUUAUCAUUCUAAGCGUGAUGCUUCAACUCCAUUAAGAAGUACUGAAAAUGGUAUUAUUGAUCAAGUUUUAAUUACUACUAAUCAAGAUGGUUUGAAGUUCGUUAAGGUUCGUGUAAGAACAACUAAAGUUCCUCAAAUUGGUGAUAAGUUUGCCUCACGUCACGGUCAAAAGGGUACUAUUGGUAUCACUUAUGGUAGAGAAGAUAUGCCUUUCACUGCGGAAGGUAUUGUUCCUGAUUUAAUUAUUAAUCCACAUGCUAUUCCAUCUCGUAUGACAGUUGCCCAUUUAAUUGAAUGUCUAUUGAGUAAGGUUGCUGCAUUAUCUGGGAAUGAAGGUGAUGCUUCGCCAUUUACUGAUAUUACAGUUGAGGGUAUUUCUAAAUUAUUACGUGAACAUGGAUACCAUUCUCGUGGUUUCGAAAUUAUGUAUAAUGGUCAUACUGGUAAAAAAUUAAUGGCCCAAAUUUUCUUUGGUCCAACUUAUUAUCAACGUCUAAGACAUAUGGUGGACGAUAAAAUUCACGCUAGAGCUCGUGGUCCAAUGCAAGUGCUAACAAGGCAGCCUGUGGAAGGUAGAUCAAGAGAUGGUGGUUUAAGAUUCGGUGAAAUGGAACGUGAUUGUAUGAUUGCACAUGGUGCUGCGGCAUUCUUAAAGGAAAGAUUAAUGGAGGCAUCUGAUGCUUUCAGAGUUCAUAUUUGUGGUAUUUGUGGUCUGAUGACUGUCAUUGCCAAAUUAAAUCAUAAUCAAUUCGAAUGUAAGGGCUGUGAUAAUAAAAUUGAUAUUUAUCAAAUUAAGAUUCCAUAUGCUGCUAAAUUAUUAUUCCAAGAAUUAAUGGCUAUGAAUAUCACUCCACGUUUGUAUACGGAUCGUUCGAAGGAUUUUUAA